UAGUUGGGCUAUAUAGAUGGACUUCCUCAUAAAUAAUUGACUUGGUAAUGUGGCAGGGUGUCCUGAAGAAAGUUUAAUCCUCUCCAUCUUUAUUAAAGUAUUUCAGCAGAGUUUAAAUGACAACUAAAAGUAGAUUUCAAAUCUAUUUUUGUUUUUUAGGCCACUGGGGGAGGAUAUGAAGGCGAUGAUGCAUAUCCCAAUGCAGAACUCUUCUUCCUAGAUAUUCAUAAUAUUCACGUCAUGAGGGAAUCUUUAAAAAAGUUGAAGGACAUUGUUUAUCCUAAUGUAGAAGAAUCUCACUGGCUAUCUAGUUUGGAGUCAACUCACUGGUUAGAACAUAUCAAGCUUGUCUUGACAGGAGCUAUUCAAGUGGCAGACAAAGUGUCUUCAGGGAAGAGCUCAGUGUUGGUACACUGUAGUGAUGGUUGGGACCGAACAGCACAGUUAACUUCUCUAGCCAUGUUGAUGUUAGACAGCUACUACAGAACAAUUGUGGGUUUUGAAGUUCUGGUACAAAAGGAAUGGAUAAGCUUUGGACACAAAUUUGCAUCGAGAAUAGGCCAUGGUGAUAAAAACCAUGCUGAUGCUGAUAGAUCACCUAUCUUUCUCCAGUUCAUUGAUUGCGUGUGGCAAAUGUCUAAGCAGUUUCCAACAGCUUUUGAAUUCAAUGAACAAUUCUUGAUUACAAUUCUGGACCAUUUGUAUAGCUGCCGAUUUGGUACUUUCUUGUACAACUGUGAAUCUGUUAGAGAAAAAGAGAAAGUGACUGAGAGAACAUUGUCAUUGUGGUCACUGAUAAAUAGUGAAAAAGCAAAGCACACCAAUCCUUUUUAUACUAAAGAACUGAAUCGAGCACUCUAUCCAGUAGCUAGUAUGCGUCACUUGGAACUUUGGGUCAAUUAUUACAUUAGAUGGAAUCCACGGAUUCGGCAGCAACAGCCAGAUCCCAUGGAGCAGCGUUACAUGGAGCUCCUAGCACUGCGUGAUGAUUACAUGAGAAGACUUGAAGAACUACAGAUCACAAAUAAUUCUAAGAUUUCCAAUUCAUCAGCCUCAUCAGCAUCUCCCUCACAAAUGAUGUCCCAUGUGCAAACUCAUUUUUGAAGGAAAAAAUGUUUUUCUUUGAACAUUGUAACCAUAAGUGGUGCUUAAUGUAGAUCUAUAGUACAAAAAGGAAUAUUUGAAUGCCUUAUAUUGGACCUCUUCCUAACAUGAAAUUUUUUAGAUUGUCUCCAUAGUUGGAAGAUUUGAAAGAACAGUCUCUUCAAUUCAUUUGUGCCUUUCAGAAUCUGUGGACAGGAAACGUUAUCCAACAUGGGAAGCUUAUAUGGGAUGCUUUAGAAGUGUAUUUUGUAAAAGUUUGAUACAAUUAGAGAUAUGAUUUGAUUUUUUUUUUUAGUAUGCAUUAAUUUAUUGCAUCAUUAGGUCCUGAUCCUGCAAAGACAUAACGAUGUGCUUAAUUUUAUGCACUGUGAAUAGAGCCAUUGACUUCAGUGGGGCUUUUCACAGUGUAUAAAUGUAAAGAUGUGUGUAAGUCUUUGUAGCCUUAGGGGCCUUAGACUUUUUGAGACAAAAAUGAGUUGUAUUAUCUUCUUGAGCUUUCAAAAGCAAAGUGCUCAGAAAUAGAUUUUUUUUCUAGUAAACUGAAAACUACUCCAGUUUUUAUUCAAAAUAAUUCCAAAUCUGAGGACUUUAGAUGACAAGAAACUUGUAAUUAACAAUUCAACUUGCUCAGUAUGUAUCUGAAAACAAGAUAACUGUAUAGAAAGGCUAACUUUUAUAUUGUAGAUGAAGAUUUUAGAAUAAAUGGAUGAGGAUUGUGGUGGCUUUGGGGAAAAUAAGUUGCAAACUCCUUUUUUUUUUUUUUUUUUUUUAAAGUUAGCUGUGGAACACUACAUAUAUUUUUGAUUCUCGGUUCCGUCAGCAAUAUUUUCUGGAUUUUUGCUUUCAUUAAUUUGCCAAAAAUAAAGAACGGUUCUCAAGAAGACAUAUAUAAAUCUAAAAAAUAGGAUCCACGAAGACAUUGCUUAAAUGUCAAAUAGUAGUAGCAAUAAGCUUAGCUUUUAUAUGUUUUCUAAAAUGAAACAUGCCUAUUCAGAGCAGCUUUUAUACCAAAAUAGUUUAAAAUUCUUCAGAUUAUGAGUAAUGAGUUGGGAACCUCUUAAAUGUGUAGCUAGAGCAUUUUAAUCUAUUCCUUUAACAAAUUUAUUCUUUAUCAAGUAUUUAAAGGGAUUUCAGUAUAUAAAAUUUGCAGAUAAUAGAUUGUGCAUUGACUGAAUCUUUCAACGAACUUGGUUUGACGUUCAUUUCAGAGGCUUCUAUUGUUACAUUUACAAUUUGCUCCUUUCAGGUAUUUUUUCAUUAGAGUUACAAGCACUUAAGGCAGCACAAACCUUGCUACUUGAUAUUUUAAUUCAUAUUUGCAUAUACUUGGAAGUUUUAAUGAUUUUCAGGCAAUUGAGUACAUUUUGCAAUAUAGGAUUUGUAAAGGACUGUUCAUAGAAAAUAGUUAUUUUAAAGGGAAUGUUUGACACUUGAGGCUUCUACCUUUGUAAAUUAUUGUACAUGUAAGUUUUGAUCUACAAAAUGUAACAGCAAAAUACAAUAGGAUAUGUACAAAUUAAGUUUGUGUAAGUAUAUAAAAUAUAGUUUUAUUAGAAAUUCUCCAGUUUUUGUAAAGUGUAAAUACUUGAGUACAAAAGCUAAAUUUAAAGCAUAGAGUUCCAUAAAAAUCAGAUAGUUUAGAGAACAUUGGAAUAUUUUAGAAAUAGUAUUUUGCAUAGAAAUAAAACACCUCUUAAUUUGAUACAGUAAAUAUUAUGCUAAGAAAAUUGCACUAUUUUUUCAGGGAAAUUCAGAAUACUGCUUGUAUUUUGUGUAUUCUAAGGACAUAUGGCUUAUCUCCAUUUAUAUUCAUCCUCUCAAUUUUACUCUCUUCUGAAUCUGUCUUAUAUUAUUCAGCACAUGUAUCUGGAGCAGCAGCUUUGAGUUCCCCUCCCUCCAAAAUCUUGGCACAGUGAACAUCUAAUAAAUUGGGCACAGUACAUCUAAUGAACAAGGAAGCUCAAAUUCAUCUUGGCAGAGUAUAACUUAACAACUUAAAAACUAUGCAGAUUCUGAUGUAAUUGCCUUCUAUUUGUAUAUGGUCUAUAAAAAACUAGUUUAUUAGUUUUUGAGAAUUGUAGUAGUUUGAUCAAACACCCCUGUAGAAUCUUUCAGCAGUGUGCAGGAGGAGUUUAGAAAAUCUAGUUUUUACUUUGUAAACACUAAAUGAUAAACCUAUCGUUUGGGAAAGUUUAAUACAAUGAAAAGGAUUAAAUGCACUUGUUUCAGUACAUAUAUACAAUUCAUUUAUAUUACCAGUACAGUUGAUACUGCAUUUGUUAUGUAGCUAGAGCUGAAAUUCAUUCUUUGAAAACCUCUAACUUAGCUUUGUGUUCAUUUGGAUUCUUUGUCAAGACAAUGAUUUAGAAUUAAAUCCUUGUUUUUAAUUCUAUUAAAAUAGCAAUUUUAAAUACAAAAAACCACACCUUUCUAAUUCUUUAAGCUUCUAUUUGUUCUAGGAUGCUAACCUUUUAAUCUUAACGUGGCCAUCGAUAUAUGUGAGAAAACUCUGAUCUUUAUUAAUACACAGCUUUUUCUGUUUGUUUUAAGCUGCUUAUUUAGGUCCUGAUCCUGCAGUUCACUGCAUGCUGGUGAACACUGAGGCUCCAUAUGGACACAGCAGUGGACUUGUAGAAUUGGGCGUUACACAGCAGUUAGCUCAAUUGUGUUUGACCAAGGUAGUUAUAUGAAAAUUGCCAAACUCUUAAUUUAGGGAGGGUGAAUGAGAAGAGAAUUUUUAGGCAUUUUUAAAAGCAAUGUUGGGCAGUCUUUUAUUGUGCUAUGUUUCUGCACUAUACCAUGGUGCUAAAAUGACUGGAGUAAAUCUUCAUUGUGACAAAUCCCCCAAUACUUCUCUCCCUCAAAAAAUUCUUCUGCUUUUUCUUUUAUAUCCGACAGGGCUUAGAUGUAAAAGAUGAAUAAGCUGCACAUACAUACCAUGCAUCACUACUGUGAUUACCGCUGCCAGCUUCAAAAUGUCGGUUUCCUUCUUCCAUUCCUACCUGCAUACUAUCUCAAAGGCUUGGAAUGACCACUCAGUUGUGUUACAUCAAGCACCACCUUCUCCUUAUUCAAAACUCUUCUGAAAAUUCACUUUUUACCCUUGUUGCACA